UCAAAUUAGACACAAGCUCUCACAUAUUCAUUUUUCUACCUCAGGAUGUCUGAAGUGAAGCUACAUGGAGCAUGGCCUAGUCCUUUUAGUUGCAGGGUGAUAUGGGCUUUGAAGCUGAAAGGCAUACCAUAUGAUAACAUAGAGGAAGAUCUUCCCAACAACAAAAGUCCUCAACUUCUCAAGUACAAUCCAGUUCACAAGAAAAUCCCAGUGCUCGUCCAUGGCGAAAAGCCGAUCUGUGAGUCCAUGGUCAUCGUAGAAUACAUAGAAGAAACAUGGCCACAGAAACCAUUGUUGCCCACUGACCCUUAUGAGAGAGCAACGGCUCGCUUCUGGGUUAAGUUUGCUGAAGACAAGGGCCCUGCGAUUUGGAUGGUCUUCCGAACCACCGGCGAAGUGCAAGAGAAGGCCAAGAAAGAUAGCUUGGAGAUGCUGAGAACUAUAGAAGAUCACGCAGCUGGUACUCUUGGAAAAAAGAAGUUUUUCGGCGGAGACAACAUUGGAAUAGUGGACAUUGCCUUUGGAGGAAUUGCUCAUUGGUUUGGAGUCAUCGAAGACGUGGUUGAGGUGAGGUUAUUCGAGGCCAAAGAAUUUCCUCGUUUGUACGCAUGGACUAACGACUUCAAACAAGUGCCUGCAAUCAAAGAAAAUCUUCCCGAUCGUCAUAAAUUGUUGCUCCUCUUCAAGCAGAUCAGGGAAAACUUGCUGGCAUCUAUUAUGUGAUACUUUGUUAGAUAUUCUUGUGUUGUUGUGCUUCAACCAAUCUACGUGAUAAAUUGGCUCAUAUGGCUUUGUCAUUGAUCAUAGGCAGUGGCGGAAGCAUGAUUUGAACUUACUGUGGUCAUGCUAAAGAAGUAGAUGUCGUAACAUUUUGUUAUUUAAAUAUAUAAUUCAUGAUUGGUUCUUAUAAUUUGAACUCAUCGUUGUAUUC